UUCUAAAGGUUUUCAAGAAACAUGGCGGCUUAUGUUAUAGGCGGGUAGCAAGAGAGGGGCUGUGCUGGCUGGAGAGGGCAGGAUGGGGGUCGCGGUGGAGGUACAGAAGGUCUAUCACUAUCCCUUCCAGCAGGUGGUCGCCAGUUACCUCACCAAGUAUCCAACCCCUUUAGAGACACAUGUUACAGCCAUCAAAACUGUGGAAGAGAACACUGACCCAGCUACAGGUAUUGUGUACAGGCGGAGGAUUGCAACUUGCAAUAAUGUCAUUCCAUCUAUUCUAAGGAAGUGCAGCAUCAUGAAAGUGUCCAAUAUAUACUUGGAAGAAGAGUCAUGGCUGGACAUCAAGGCAAGAGUAAUGACUUUGAAGAGCCGCUGCUUAACUUGGGCCCAGUAUGCAUCAAUGAAUGAGGAGUCUGUGUACAGGGAAAGCAAAGAGAAUUCCAAUUGGACAGAAUUUAAUCAGAGAGGGUCCAUAUCAAUAACUGGGGCUGGAUUCCUCAACUGCGUUCUGGAAACAUUUGCUCAGACGUUCUUGAAACAUGGAGCCAAAAAGAGUAUUUCAAUCAUGGAAAUGAUCCUGCUGGAGCGAUGCGGAUGUCCUUUCUCCUAGCCUGGAACCACGAGGACCGUCUUCAUUUACAUCACGACACAGCAAACGACCAUACAGACUUGAUGCAGUAUUUUUAAGGUUCAAAGGUGUUUUUUUGUUUGAAAAACAUUCAAAAAAUGAAUUGAACCAGUUUAGAAGCGGCUACUUUACACAACUAAGGACUUGAGAAUAGAAAGGAAACGUAGUUAUGUCAGAAUGUCUGCUUUAGUCUCUCCAGUUACAUUGGGGGAAAAGUUGAAUUCACAAAUGGGUUGGGUUAUAAGAUGGCAAGUAUCCGUCCAGUAAAGGAAGGCCUGUUUCUCUGCCAUGCAGCAACUGCUCUAGUGCGGUUUCCUUUUCUUACUUUUAUACGUUGUAUAUAUGAGGUGAUACUCCAAUCUAGCAUGUUUCAUUUCAAUGACUCCUAUGCAUUCCAUUAUGGAACGAUUUCAAAAUAGUGUGAUAUUAAGUGGGUGGGCCUGCUAAGUGAGCUCAUACAACAAUAAGCCCUUUAAUUAAAAUCUGCUCAUUAAUCAUGCUUCAUUAAGUUGACAGGUUGGUAUGCAAUGCUGCUCCUGCUUAUGUGUGUAUUUGUAGUCGGUAACAUUUAUUAAAAGAAGUAAAAAGGC